AUGACGGUAACCGCAGCGGGCCAGAAGCUCUUUGGCAAGGUUGGAUCCGUCGAAGUUGGUCCAGAGGAUGUCCAGGGAGAGACUCGGAUUCAUCGUCUUACGAAAUGCAAGGACAAGCUCCUCACUCAACCCUGGGAGGGCAUCGACACCGUGCACGACGUCCUUUGUUAUGCCGCUCGAACGCAUGGGGUCAAGAAUGCCUUUGGAUACCGAGAGAUUAUUGACGUCCAUGAGGAGGAGAAGGAGGUCAGGAAGUUUGUGGGCGGAAAGGAGGUGACGGAGAAGAAGAUCUGGAAGUACUUCCAGCUGAGCGACUACAAGUACUUGAACUUCAUACAGGUCAAGGAGGCUGCUCUUCAGAUCGCCGGUGGUCUCAUCGAGCUCGGAGUGGAGAAGUCGGAUGUAGUCAACGUCUACGCCGCCACCAGCCCAAACUGGCAGCUCGUCUCUUACGCUUGCAGCGCGAUUUCGGUGCGUAUCGCAACCGCGUACGAGACUCUGGGCGAAUCUGGCCUGCAGCACGCGCUUAAUGAGCCCGAGUGCGGUGUGAUUUUCACGAACGCGGACCUGCUCCCGGUGGUGGCCAACGUCGCUGGGAACGUGCCUUCUUUGAGGUUGGUCAUCUAUGACGGGGAGCCGAAGCCAGCAUUGCUCGAGAAGGUCAGGAACGCACGCGAAGGUAUCCAGGUGCUCACGCUGGACGAGGUGCGGGAUCACGGACGGAGCGUGUCGGAGGAAGUGCUCAAGGGCAGGCAGCCGUCGGCGGAGGACGUGGCGUGCAUCAUGUACACAAGCGGAACGACAGGUGCGCCGAAGGGGGCGGUGAUCUCUCACAGGAACCUCGUCGCGUCCGUCGGCUCGGUGUACACGCUACUGAUUCACCGGUUCAAGGCGGACGACACGUACCUGGCAUACCUUCCGCUGUCACACGUGCUCGAGUAUGUCGUCGAGCUCUCCUUGUUCUUCGUCGGCAUGACGUUCGGAUACGCGCGUGUGAAGACGCUCAUGGACACCUCGGUACGCCAUUGCCUCGGCGACAUCCGUGCGUUCCGGCCGUCGAUCAUGGUCGGUGUCCCCGCCGUGUGGGAAAUGAUUCGGAAGGGGAUUGAAGCAAAGAUCAAGACGAGUGGUAGCCUGCGGAAAAGUGUUUUCGCGGGUGCUUACAGUGUCAAAAAAGCAGGCAUUCCCGUACUCAGCGAGAUUGCAGAGAGCACCGUACUACAGACGGUCAAGAAUGCAACGGGUGGCAGACUGCGUCUGGCGCUUUGCGGCGGUGCUGCGCUUAGUAUGGAGACUCAGGAGUUCCUGUCUGUCGCUCUCGUCCGAAUCCUCAUGGGUUAUGGUCUGACCGAGAGUUGCGGUAUGUGUGCGGUGCUGCCGCCCGAGUUUGGGCGACUGGGUUCAGUUGGCCUGCCGAUGCCGUCGGUUGAGGUCAAACUUCGGGACGUCCCUGAAUCUGGAUACUUCGCGACGAACAAACCACCACAGGGGGAAGUGUGCAUUCGCGGCCCUUCUUUGAUUAGGGGGUACUACAAGCGCGAUGAUCUCAACAAUGAUGAGAACAUCUUCACGAAGGACGGCUGGUUUAGGACAGGCGACGUUGGCCAGUGGAAUGAGGAUGGCACAUUAUCCUUGGUUGACCGCAUCAAGAAUUUGAUCAAGCUGCAAGGUGGAGAGUACAUCGCGCUUGAGCGUCUCGAGUCCGUUUACAAGUCGUGUAACCUUGUGUCCAAUAUCUGCGUACUCGCGACUCCAGCUGCGAAGCAACCAAUGGCCAUUAUCAUACCACACGAACAGCAUCUGCAGCACGCGCUGCAGACCAAUGAUUUCGGUGUCCCCUCCAACACCUCUUUAGCCGAACUCUGUCAAACCGACAAGGUGCGCGAGUUUUUCCUAACUCAGUGCAAUGCGCUUGGCAAGAAGAACGGCUUCAAGACGAUGGAGCUCCUCGAGGCGGUCGUCCUUACCGCCGAAGAGUGGACGCCCGAGAGCGGACUCGUGACCGCCGCCCAGAAGAUACAGCGUAAGCGGAUUGCGGAACACUAUGCGAAGGAAAUCAAGGCGGUGGGUCAACACUACUAG